AUGCCGUUGGUUCCUUGUCUGCUUUGCUGCCCGACAAGCAGUAACAGCAGCAGCAGCAGCAGCAGCGGCACGGAAUCGGCAGUAUCUAACGAAGAACGUAAACCGAGGAAUGAUAUAAAGGAAGAGAUAGAAAAUGAGGUGAAACGUGAUGAUUGCAAGAAAUACUCGGAUGUGAAGAAACCAUUUGAAUCCACGGAUGAUACCACUACCGCUUUAAUAAUCGACGAACAAGAAGAAGAGCAAAAAAAUGUUAUGUACGGACAAGGAGAAGGAAUUCGGCAACAUUUAAUAGAUUCACAUUCGACAUUUGUCGCAAAAGCAUUUCUAUAUCCGGAUCUAUCAAGUUCAAUUCAUUAUUGGUUAAUGGCAUGUGUGGAAUAUGGGACCCCUCCGAACGAUCCAAUGGUCACUCAAAUCUAUUCGACAGUUGAUGGUGAAAUGAUGACCGCCGGCGUCGCCGCCGCCGCCACGGAUACAAGUCCCGAUGACGAUUCGAGUAAUGAGUCCUCGACGUCACCCGAUCCGCUCGACUUCGCCUCGCUUCUUUCUGCUUUUAUCAACAAUGGCAGCCAGUUGUUGAAUGGAAACGGUGUGGAUAGAGAAAAGAAGUCAAAUAGGAAACGAUGUGGAGGCUCAUACGAUGGCAAUAAUGCCAAACGUAGAAAUGGUUGGCACGAGAAUGGACAUUUGGAGAUUAACGAUGAGACAUCAUUGAUCGAUCCUCAAUUGUUCUUUGAAAAUGGAGAAGAUGUAGCGUGUGCAAGCGGUUUAGUGGAUAGUAAAGCGAAAAAUAAGGUCACAUGCGUGGUAUGUAAAGUCGAAGUUUGUAAUACGGCGCGACAACGACACGUGUUCAUGGUCCAUGUGAAGAAGGAGGAUAUGUAUCAAUGUCCUGAAUGUGAUUACUUAAAUUCAAAUUCUGUGUGGGAAGCGAAAAAACACUGUACCAGUCAACAUGGGAAAGGUGUAGAGCCGAUAAGCAACGAAGAGAAACACAAAGCUCUUAUAUUGAUGUGGAAUAAGCGAUGUUUUCCCGACUGGAAACAAAAACGACCGCAAUGGUGGUCUUCGGAUGAGAAUGCGAACGGAUUGAAUAACUACAAUUCCGCUAAGGAGUUUAAGGAUUUAAAAAUUGAUAAUGACGAGGUUACAGCUAUGAUUAGGGAAGCCAUACUUCGCAGAGAACCCGGCGAUUCCAUUAUACGUGAGGAGGAUCGAGACGAUUCUGAGCCACGAACACCAGCACCCGAGGGACUUCAUAUAGACGAUAGGACGUGCCACCUAUGUUGGGAAGAGAGCCGAUAUCCUGGGCGACAUAUUGCACAAAAACAUCUAAGGAAACCCCUGUACGAAUGCCCUGUAUGCGAAGGUUUCGGCAGUUAUGAAGGAUGCACCGUUAUGAAACAUAUUCAUAAGGUCCACCCGGACUGUCCAGAUGCUCAACCGAUUAGUAAUCUUGAACGAUACGCUGAUGAAAUACGUGAUCUACAAAAUAGAUGUUUCCCGAAUCGACCGAUGAAACUCGUCCGACCGAAGGAAAGCACUCGACCACGAGAACGACAUCAUUGUAAGAUGUGUGGGACACAGGUAGCUCAAUCGGAUCGACAACGACAUGUAUAUCAUAGACAUUUGCAACGAACUCGUAUAUUUGAAUGUCCAUUGUGCAACUUUGCGUCGAACUACGACGUGCAUAGGGUGAAAUGGCAUAUUAAGUGGAUGCAUAAGGAUGAUAAGGAGUUGGAGCCAAUUUCACAUGAGAAUGAGUAUAGAAAAGAAAUCGAUCAGCUGAAUGAGGAAUGUUUUCCCGGUUGGCAACAUCGACGAAAACCAUUUUGGUGGCUGGAUAAUGAUGACAAGAAAUCGGAGGUUGCUGAAGAUGGAAUGAACGGACAUAUAAAAAAUGAAGAUCUCGAUCCCGAUACGGAAAUAAUUGAGAAUGGUUCAAAUUGUGUAAAAGAGGGAUCACCUAGCUCUACGGGGAAUGAUUUGGAUGAAUAUGACGAUUCACCGGACGGAAGUCGUCAUAGUAAGGACCGUGAUCAUGUUGGUCAGCCGAUGAAACGCGUAAGCGAAUGGACGUGUAGGCUGUGCUUAAAAGAGUUCAAACCGACAUCAAAUUUUCUCCGACACGUCGCCAAAGAUCACUUGGAUAUGCCAUUGUUUCAGUGCGCAUUAUGUGAAUGGGGUGCGGCGGAUGCUUACGAAGUCAAAGCUCAUAUGGUCAAGGUGCACAGUAAUGCCGAUCUCGAUCCAAUAUCCAAUCUAGAGCUUAAUCCAGAACAUGUACAGCAACGGUUCUCAGAGUGUUUCCCGUCAAGAAAGAUGAAACCGGGCACAUUCGAUAAGAAGAAAGAAUCGACGAUGCUCAGUGAUGAGACAAAGGUCACAUGUCAGGAAUGUUUCCAAGAAAUGAAAACAGAAGAUCGUCAAAUUCAUGUCUAUCGACAUCAUUUGAAGGAGCCACGACUAUACGAAUGUCCACUAUGUGAUUUUUCGCAUCAUGCUUGUUCAAGUGAUGUUAGAGCUCAUAUCAAAUUUACCCAUCGUGAUAACGCUGAUGUUCUACCACGAGCUAACCUCCUACAGUACUCCCAACAAAUUGCCGAAUGGAAUGAUCGUUGCUUCCCUGGCUGGAUCAAUAGAAAGUUACCAGCCAGUGUUAUGGAAGAUUUCAACAGGUGUCGACUUUGUGACGAAGACGUACGACAAACGUCAAGACACAUUGCUGAAGCUCAUCUAAUGAUACAGCUGCACCAAUGUCCUCUAUGUGAAUACGGAGCGCCGGAAUCGCGCCUGGUGAAAAGACAUCUAAAGAAUAGUCACGAUGAAUUGGAAAUGGAGCCGAUUGCGAAUGUGGUGGUGCGGCGAGCGGAUUUCUCUGCGUUGCAUGAUAAAUGUUUCCCGGGACGACCGAAACGGUUAUCGAACAUUACCAUAUCGGAUGAUGGGCGAAGGACCAAAUGCAAACUCUGCCUAUCGACUAUAAGCCGUAAACGACGUUUGACGCAUACGUUAGAAAAGCACAUGAGCACUGCUUUGUAUGGAUGCUCUGCAUGCCAGUUUACUCACAAUUGGGACGAAUCAGCUGUGGCGAGUCAUAUAAAAUCGGCGCAUUCGAAAUCGUCCAAUGCAAAGGUGCUCUGCCUACUUGCUCAAUUCGAAGCAGAACUUCGUGAACGAGGUCAGCAAUGCUUUCCGGAUUGGGCUUAUACAAGAAAUAUUGAUCCGGUCCUAACUAGGAUGUAUUCCGCAUUGACGCAGAUUUGGUUCAUGUAUUCUACAGAGUUAGCGGAUGGGCUCUGCAGCAAUCCAGGAUUACAUAGGAUUCAAUUGUGGGCUGCACCAUUAGCAUUCAGUUAUGGGAUGACCUCGGUUGAUUGA